AUGAUACGUCUGGAAGGUGGUCAUGCACGUUCUCUGAGCGAUGAAUGGAAGGAUUUGUUACUGAAUCAGUUUCACGAUGUACUCCCAGGAACGUGUAUAAAGGAGGUUAUUGAAGACGCAUUGAAUAUAUACGAUCAACUGCUCGAAAAACUAACUUUCGAUAACGGAAGUGGACUGAAAAUUUUUGACGAAGAAUCAACUGGUGAGUGUGAGCCAGUGACCAAAUACGUGGUGAAUAGUUGUGGUUGGAAUCGAAUUUAUUAUCACAAUUCGAGACUUCUCGAGUUAUCGCCAUUUUCAAUAACGGCGAUCAAUAAACUGAAUUCGUUGACUAUCAAAAUCGAUAAACCUCAUCCAAUUGCAUCACAAGAAGGGGAAUGCUUCAUUUUGAGAAAUCGAUACUUGAUUGCCAAACUCAGCAAGAAUGGACAUUUGUUGAGUGUUAAAGUGUUCGGUAAAGAAGUGACAAGGGAAAGUGAUGAGGAAGGAUUCGAAAUCAUAUCGAACGGGUCGAGUGCAAACCGGUUCGUUAUUUUCGAUGAUGUACCCCUUUAUUGGGAUGCUUGGGAUGUGAUGGACUACCACCUCGAAACUGCGAAGUUC